AUGCUGGUAAGAAAGCUCCAAAAUAGAAUAGGCAGCAGUACUGCCAAAGCAGACUACGACGAUGUGCUGAGCUUCUCCUACUACGUAUACGAACUCUGUAAGGCGUGCACGGAAGAGCCAGCUGCUGCGGUCGAGCCUAGCUGGCUUCGGGAAGCGUUGAUCAAAGCGGGCGGUGGUAUGUCAAGGGGCGAUCAGGCAACCUUCGUAAUCACUUUCGAGGCCGAGGACGACACAGCAUCGACAGAAAAGCUUGUCGCAAACUGUCUGGUACUAAGUGAUCGCCGUGUCAGUGACUUGCAUCUGCGCACGGUGAACUUUCCGUUACAGGACUAUCGACCGGAUGUACAUCGGUCGCUGCCCUCUUUUGAAGAAGCUACUUUGCGCCUGAGAGAUGGAGCUCGUAUGCAGUCCACGUUCCGUGCCGCCAAACAGAUCUUUGCAGAGUACAACAAAUGGGACGAUUAUGGCAUCAUACUCCCCUUCAAAGACGUGGACAUGAAGCUCAACGAACGCUGGAUCGAGUUGAAUGGAACGUCAAUGCCCUGGUGUGGCGCAAUGAGACCUGUUCCAGAGAGAUUCGUCGUGCCUCAGUGCGUUCGGGCGUGGGAGGGCGAGGUCCUAGCCUAUACAUUCACUGUUCGCAAUAGGGACUCCGGCACUGUGCGGGACGUGACCUUCGAGCAAGAGGCGGUUGCGAAUUUGGGCGGGCUUGGUUUGAUCCGCCUCGCCAAUGUGAGCGAGAACGAACGGGCAGUGGCGAAGCGGAAGUGGAAGGAUUGCGAGGGCGUGCGACAGUGCUGUAUCCGCAGAGUGUCUCGAAAUCGCUCAUUUCGGACGGAAACCUCGUGCCGAUCAUGUGGGAAUUCCGACGCUGCCGAGAAGGGGCCAGUGACAAGUAUAAGAUCGUGGCGACACGCUUCCGCUUCUGCGAAAACCUGGACUGGCAGCACCGAGCGCAAGACACCAGGACCGGUCCAGAAGCGGACCAAUCUCCACCGCGGUUUAGCGUUGGGCUCAACCCACCUCGCCGCAGGAGGUCAUCCGUGCGACCAGGAAGCCCUCUCGUACAUCCCCUCUUCAGCGGGCGAAGAGCGACGUAGGCGUGCCGAACCCGAAAUAUUUGAUGGCGUUCCGAAAGGCGGCAGACGAGAUCAGCAGCAAGGACAGCAAGGGGUAGGGCAUUCGGUGCAGUCAGGAAGUGGGCUGGUGAUAAGUGAUAUCUCAAUCGGGGGCUCAAAGAGACGCAUUUGUUGCGUCUACUGCAUCUUACGAGCUCACGUCACGGCGGCGUCUGGGCCAUUCUUGCGCGUGUCUCUGCAGAUGUUUCUAAUGACGCAUUCGCGCAUUGCACCUUCCGGGCAGGCAGCCUCCUCGUCAUGGGAAAUCCGGUCUUGA